AUGGAAGCUUUUCUUGAUAACUUCAGAAGAAAUACUAAAAAUGAGAUCAAUUUUGACUCAUUCACAAAGUUUGCACUUUUCUGUUUCAAAUUGGGAGGUUUUAAAUUCCAACAACUCAGCGCUGAUGCAGAUUUGAAAGAAAGAUUUUAUCAUAAAUUUCAAAGAAAUUACUUGAGAGUAGUUUUCAUCGCUUUUGUGUAUGGUUUCUUCUCCUUCAUUGCAUACGCUGUGAGAGAUGCAAAGGAUUUUGUCAGCGGGAGUUUAUCUAUACCAAACAUGGCAACGGUUUUAUUAAUUUGUUUAAAAACCUUCAUCACUUAUUAUCACAAGGAGAAGAUUUGGAAUAUUUGUCAAGAUUUGAAAGAAGUUUUCGCAAAACCAUUUCCGAUUUUUAAGUUCUUAAAUUAUGGGACGAUGGAAUUUACUAUUCAUCCUUUCGCCUUGUUCUUUGCAGCAUUUAGUGGAUUUUAUUAUAUAAUCCUCGGUUUAGCAACAGAUUCAAUGCUUUUUGUUUUGAUAAAAAUCUUAGCUACGGAAUUUGAUAUCUUGUCAAUUGAUUUCAAUGAUUAA